UAUAAGAGUUUACAAAAGUUUUCAAAAUUUUAAUUCAAUUCAAUUGAAAUGUCGUUCAAUCUCGAGGAGGAAGAGCUGGACUUCGAGCCGUACGUCAGUCCAGACGUGACUCGUGUCAGUCAGACAUCGAAAUCGGGUUCCGGGAGUCAGAGCUCGAGUCAAAGAACUGGGAGUCAGUGCUCGAGUCGAGUGGGUUUUGGUGGUUGCGGUGCCGUCGAUGGCUCGCAAUGGGAUCGACUCUUCAUCGGUGGUGACCAGUCAUCGGGCACUUCCGCCGAAGAGGUGGCCACAAGACCGCGUGGAAGCGCUCGAAGAACUCAUGUCCAGCCAAAGAAAUAUACGCCCAAGAAUCCAAUCGCCGCCACCACUGGAAACGGUUCAAAAAAGGGUCCAAAGGGUCGCUCAAAGGCAAAGAAGUCAGGAGUGAGACCACAAUUGGCCAAAAGAUCAAACCCUCCGCGAUAUCAUCUGCCGGCGAAGUCAAUACUCGAAGCGCCCGAAAAGCGUCGAUACAGACCCGGAGAGGCGGCUCUUCGAGACAUUCGGUACUACCAGAAGAAUACGGAACUGUUGAUCAGAAGAGCGCCGUUUCAGCGAUUGGUGCGCGAGAUAUCUCAAGAGAUGAAAGAUGGCUAUCGGUUCCAGACGAGUGCAGUGAUGGCACUGCAAGAGGCGGCCGAAGCCUAUCUCGUGGGUCUGUUUGAAGACACGAAUCUGUGCGCCAUUCACGCCAAUAGAGUCACUAUUAUGUCCAAAGAUAUGCAAUUGGCUCGUCGUAUACGAGGAGAGGAUAACAUCCGUUGA